AUGGACCACUUUUUGACCCAGGUAUCUUCUCAGUUGUUGCUUCAUGUAGAUGGUGGAGGUGGCACCGGAAAAUCAUACCUCAUUAAUCCGCUCUCCGCGCACCUCCAAGCCGCGGCUGCGGGGAGAGGGACACCCGUUUGGCGUGCCGCGCCAACGGGCGUCGCGGGGAAUCAGAUAUCGGGCACCACCUUGCACUCCCUGCUACACCUCCCAAUCAACAAGGACUUCAAGCCCCUGUCACCCACUGACAUGGCUCGGCUUCAGAAGAAGCUGAGGGACAUCAAGUAUCUCAUCAUCGAUGAGAAGAGCAGGCUGGGACUGCGACAGUUAUCCUGGAUCGAUGAUCGUCUGCGCGAGGCGUUCCCGAAUAGAAACGAGGAGUUCUUUGGUGGUCUCAACAUGCUUUUGGUUGGCGACUUCUUUCAACUCCCCCCCGUGUUGCAGAAACCGCUUUACUACGACAAGGAGGUACAAGGAGUGGAGAUCAAAGGCAGGAACGCAUAUAGACAUUUCGAUAAAUCGGCCUUCUUGAAGGUUGUGCAGCGGCAACGGGGUGACGAACAGAAGGCGUUUCGCACAGCUCUCGGGGAAUUACGGUUGCUCCAACUAUCGGUGGAGUCCUGGAAGCUCCUUUCCGGUCGGGUACAGGCAAAGCUAGAUGAUCAGGAGGUCGCCAGGUUCGCCAACGCCUUGCGAGUAUACACCACUAAAGAUAGAGUGAACGAAUAUAACCACUACCACCUCGACCGCCUCGACCGGCCAGUCAUUCAGGUCAAGGCUAGGAAUGUUGGCCCUGGCGCGGCUGCUGCUCCUGACGACAAGGCGGGCAACCUUGCGAAGCAGAUUCCCAUAUGCAUUGGGGCCCGUCUGAUGCUGACGUCCAACCUACCGUUUACGACAUCGGCUGGGCACCGGGGGCUGACCCGAAAGAUUGUCCUUAUUCUUCCAGUAGACAGGGACUUCCUCAUCGGAAGCACUCUCUGCACUCGCACCCAGUUCCCCCUGAUCGUAUGCUACGCCAUUACUGUUCACAAGUCGCAGAGCAUCACUGAAGAUGUCAUCGUGACAGAUCUCUCCUGUCGGGACUUUCAGACUGGUUUAAGCUACGUAGCUGUCUCUCGCGUGAAAACGCUCCAGGGCCUGAUGCUGGAUGCGCCCUUUGAUCGUAGUCACCUGGUUUACGAGUCUCCACCAGAGGUUGCUUCGCCCAAGGACUCCCAGCCUUCGGAUGAUCCUACCCCUUGCACCUACAGCUCUAACGUGCGAGGGGUGGCGUAG